AUGCACAAGACUCAAUUAGCUAUCACUCACUCUCAAUCUAUUCAUAUCUAUCUAUCGACUACGUUCAAGAAUAUGGGCAUAUCUAUCUAUCUAUCUAUCUAUCUAUCUAUCUAUCUAUCUAUCUAUUUUCGUCUCUUUCUAUCUAUCUAUCUAUCUAUCUUAGUCUGCUCCUAUCUAUCUAUUUUCAGUUGUUUGUUUGUUUCUUUCUUUUUUCUUUCUAUCUAUUGUCGUCUGUUUCUAUCUAUCUAUCUAUCUAUCUAUCUAUCUAUCUAUCUAUCUAUCUAUCUAUCUAUCUAUCUUAGUCUGUUCCUAUCUAUCUAUUUUCAUCUGUUUCUUUCUUUCUUUCUUUCUUUCUUUCUUUCUUUCUUUCUUUCUAGCUACCUAUCUAUUUUCGUCUCUAUCUAUCUAUCUAUCUUAGUAUGUUCCUAUUUAUUUUCAUCUCUUUCUUUCUUUCUUUUUUUCUAUAUAUCUAUUUUCGUCUGUUUCUAUCUAUCUACUUUCAUCUGUUUCUUUCUUUAUUUCUUUCUUUCUUUCUUUCUAUCUAUUUUCGUCAGUUUCUAUCUAUCUAUCUAUCUAUCUAUUUUCACCUGUUUAUUUCUUUCUUUCUAUUUUUGUCUGUUUCUAUCUAUCUAUCUAUCUAUCUUAAAAAUUUAA